CGCAGUCCGCAGUGGGCGGAGCCUCCACCUUGUCAGGUCGGAGCCUCCACCCAUCAGAUGAAACUCGGAGUUUCUGCUGUUGACACAUUUCACCGACCCGCGUCUCAUCUGAGCAGAUUCAGCCAUGAGGGGGCGCUCUUCCAGCGUUGGUCGCCUCGUCCUGCUUUCGUUCUGCAGCCUGAUGAUCGGAGGAGCAGCAGCACUGAGGAUCUGUUCCUACAACAUCCAGAAGUUCGACAAGACGAAAGCAGCAGAUUACAAAGUGAUGCACACUCUGACCAAGAUCGUGUCCCGCUGUGAUAUCUGCGUCCUGCAGGACGUUGUGGAUCCGGAGCUGAAAGCAGUCAAAGCUCUGGUGACGUCGCUGAACAGGAGAAAUUACAGGUAUGACGAACAUCAUUAUGAAUACGUGUCUAGUCAAAGUCUGGGGAAGUCCUCUGAUGACCUUCAGCAGUACGUCUUCAUCUACAGGACACACCUGGUGAAACAGUUGGGUCAGCACCAGUACAAAGGUAAAGCCUUCGUACGGCCGCCAUUUGCCGUCCAUUUCAGCUGCAAUAAAACUGACAUCAAGGAGUUUGUUUUGGUUCCGCUCCACACUGACCCGGACCAGGCCGUCCAGGAGAUCGACUGGCUCUACGACGUCUUUGAGGAAGUCAGCGCAAAGUGGAACAACACGAAUGUGAUGUUCCUGGGAGAUUUCCACGCCGGCUGCGCCUACGUCACCCGGGACGACAAGAAGAAUAUCCGACUCUUCACCAACUCCAACUUCUCCUGGCUGAUCGGAGACCGAGAGGACACCACCGUCACCGACCAGACCAACUGCCCCUACGACAGGAUCGUGGUUCAUGGACAGUCCUUCCUGCAGGCCAUCAGGCCGUUCUCUGGAAUGGUUUUCAACUUCGGCAAAGAAUUCAGACUCAAGCAGGCAAAGGUGCUGAAACUGAGCGACCACUAUCCAAUAGAGGUGAGAUUAAAAGGCUCCGCCCCCCUCCUUCAGACCACGCCCCUGCUGGUCGUCGGCGCCAUCAUCCGGUUCGUCUUUCCUGCUCUGUGAUCGUCUGAUCCAGUCUAGAUGGCCAUCCUGUUAGAUUUUAUGAAGCAGUUUUGAACACAUUUAGGAGAUUUCACUCAAAAUGUAAAGUCUUUAAGAGCCAGAAGCGACGUUCUGCUUUCUUGCGUCUGGUUUUUGUCUUCUGCUGGAGAUUCAUAUUUUUACCAAAGAAAGAGCAAAUUGAAGAUUAAAUUAUAGGAGAUUAACUAUAAUCUGUAAACUAAAAUCUGCUCUGUGUUUACCUCUGAGUUGACCUGCUGACCUGCUGAAAGGCAGGAAAUGUCUCCAGACUGGAGGAAUUAAAGUUUUUACCUUUUACUUCAGAAUAAUUGUUUUUAAUAAACCAGAUUUUAGGGGUUCGUUUUGUUUUUUAACAUCUUUAUAUUUUUUGUGUGUUUUUUUUUCUUUUUUUUUUCAACACAGGUGUUUUUCUGAUUGUGUACAGAAACUGUUGUACAUAGAAUGUCAGGAACUUUUAGAACAGAAAUAAAAUGUGUAGAUUUUUUAAAACUGUAAAGUUGAACCUUAAGGCUGCUGUUUUUGUUGUAUUUUUAUAACAUGUCACAUUUUUCCUCUUUAGACCUUAAGUCAGGUGAAAUAAAAGAUGCAUAAAAAGUAGUUUCAACGUAAAUUAAUUAAAAGUGACUGACUAGGUCUACAAACUGGGUCAAACAGAAGGGAAACUGCUGGGAAAACAGGACAAAAAAGCAAAACUUGGUAAAUGGAAAUAUAUAAUAUGAUCAAACAUCAAUAAAUCUUCAUCUACUGCUCUCCUUA